AUGGCAAAUCAAGAAAACAGAUACGAUAUCGUCAUCGUUGGCGCGGGUCCCGUUGGGAUCUUGCUGUCACUAUGUCUCUCCCGCUGGGGAUACAAGGUCAAGCACAUUGACAACCGCCCGGUGCCCACGGCCACUGGCCGCGCCGACGGUAUUCAGCCCCGCUCCAUUGAGAUUCUCCGGAAUCUGGGGUUGAAGCGUGCUUUGAUGGCAUAUGAGCCUGCCAAGGUGUACGAUGUCGCUUUUUGGGAUCCUCUCCCUAGUGGUAAGGGUAUUACCAGAACCGGAAACUGGCCUAGUUGCCCUCGUUUCAUUGACACCAGAUACCCUUUCACUGCCUUGGUCCACCAGGGUAAAAUCGAGAAGAUGUUCAUCCACGAAAUUGAAAAGGCCGGCACAACUAUUCAGCGUCCCUGGACGAUUGUCGACUUUGAGAACAGUGGAAAAGACGCAGAAUAUCCCGUUGAAGUUAGCCUCAAGUGCUUGGACACCAACGUUAUUGAAAAUGUGCGCGCAAAAUAUCUGUUCAGUGGAGAGGGUGCUCGCAGCUUUGUCCGAGAGAAGUUGGGUGUCAAGAUCAGCUACAAAGAUCAGAUCUCGUUUGUUUGGGGUGUGAUGGAUGGCGUUGUUCAGACAAACUUCCCAGAUAUCAAGACAAAAUGUACCAUUCACUCAGACAGUGGCUCAAUCAUGGUCAUUCCUCGUGAGGACAACAUGGUCCGACUAUACGUACAAAUCGCAUCUUCGACCGAUCCUGACUGGAACCCGAGGAAGACGGCCACCGUCGAGGAGGUACAAGAAGCUGCAAAGAAAAUUCUACAACCUUAUACUAUUCAAUGGGACCGAGUCGAAUGGUACUCGGUGUAUCCUAUUGGACAGGGUAUUGCUGAACAGUACACCUUGGACCACCGCGUAUUCAUGGGUGGAGAUGCUUGCCAUACUCACAGCCCCAAAGCAGGCCAAGGCAUGAACACAGCUUUCCAUGAUGCCCUCAACUUCGCCUGGAAGAUUCACGCCGUCGAAUCUGGCUUCGCCAACCGCGCUCUCCUCGAGUCAUACGAACCAGAGCGCAAGCAGAUCGCCGAGAACUUACUUUCCUUUGACAACAAAUAUGCCGCCCUCUUUUCAAAGCGUCGCCCAACUGCAGAGGAAGUUGGCAAUGCCAAAGCGGGCGAUUCUGAGGAGGACGAGUUUGUGCAGACUUUCAAGUCAUCUUGCGAGUUUACGAGUGGAUACGGAGUUGCAUACGAACCUAAUGUCAUCAACUGGGGCCCCAGCCAUCCCGCUCAGUCACAUCUGUUCGGUAUCGACGGUGCGAAGCUUGUGGUUGGCAAGGCUUUCACUCCUACCACCGUCACACGUCUCUCCGAUGCCAACAUGGUCCACCUGGAACAGGAAGUGCCCGCGAACGGCUCAUUCCGACUCUUUGUCUUUGCUGGUUCCCCAUCAAAGAGCAAGAAAGCCCUCGAGGAUUUUGCCAGCAAUAUCGAGAAGGAGAAGUCCUUCUUGUCAGUUUACCGCCGACCUGAUAUUGCCGACGUAUCCUACUUUGAACGCCACAACCCUCACUCCAAGCUCUUUACCCUCAACUUUAUCUUUGCUUCCGAGAAGAAUGGAGUUGAUCUCACAUCUCUGCCUCAACUUGUCAAGGACUACCACCAUCACAUCUAUGCCGAUGAUAUCCCUGAUGUGCGCGUUCCUCAUGCCAAAUUCCCUGUCCACGAGAAAUUGGGCUUCAAUCCUGAGCAAGGUGCUGUCGUUGUUGUCCGUCCCGACAGCCACGUUUCUUGCAUUGUUCGUCUUGUCGAGGGAAGUGGUACAGUCGAUGCAUUGAACGCAUAUUUCAAUGCCUUCUCAUCGAAGCCAUUGGGACAGGGGGCCGUUAGCCAUCUUUGA